GCAUGAUCCGGGUCGUGAGAAUCACACCAAAGCAGGCUAGAAUUGUCGGGAGAUCCUAAUCCUUCAUCGGACAACCCUAGAAUACUAGAACGCUCUGAUUUCAUCCUGCUACAAUCAAAGGCUCUUUGGUUUUCUCGAGACCUUCGGCUUCAUUCAGAGAUGACGGAACCACCCUUCAGACCACGGGAGCAUCUUCUUGAGAAGCAAAGAUAUUAUCAGAGCAUACAUAAGCACACUUAUUUGAAAGGGCCAUAUGACAGGAUCACCUCUGUGGCAAUACCACUCGCAUUGGCAGGAGCUUCAAUCUAUAUGAUUGGACGAGGUAUUUACAAUAUGUCGCUUGGAAUAGGAAAGAAAGAAUGAAUGACUUGGGAAUUUCUGUUGAGUGCGAGGCCUAUUUCCUCAGAUGAGACCUGUUUUUCUUUGCACACUUGUGCGGUGGCGUAAUAAAUUUGCCUUGUUGCUGACUUUGAUCACUAAUGGAAGUGUAAAACUUAAAUGGAUCUGUUUUUUUUUUUUUUUGUUUAUUCGAUGUUAAUCAAUAGACGGUUUAAAUUGUGCAAGAAAAUUUAAUAUUAUCAUGCUAUUCGUCCUUGGCAUUCAUA